GCGCCUGCACAGGAUGUAGUCUCAUUUAAGGUCCAGAAGUUCUACGAGGGUUUCGGCGAGAACAUCACAAUCUACCAGAAAGGAACUUCCGACGAAGUUGACAAAGCUUGGGAAGACCUUUACAGUUUCGGCAUAUCGGAGGUCCCCCGAAGCGUUGCCGAGAAAAUGCCAAACAAGACCUAUCCACUCGUUAGUUCAGAUGGGAAUUAUAUCACUGAACUUGAUGUCUUCCACCAACUUCACUGUCUGAACACACUGAGAAUGGCACUCACUCCGGACUAUUAUCGAAAGAAGAAUCUCACCGACCUCGAAAAGUCAUUCCUCGAGAUUCCUCACGCUUAUCACUGUUUGGACGCCCUCCGCCAAUCUCUGACGUGCAACGCCGAUAUCGCCACGUAUGUCUGGCACUGGGACCCGGAGGACGAAAUGGUAAAGCCAACAGGAAAUGUAGUACACAGUUGCCGUGACUUUGAUAAGCUGAAGGAAUGGGCCAUCGAGAAUCAUAUC